CACUACAUAGUGCGAAGACCGCAGACAACACACGCACACACUCUCUCUCUCUCUCUCUCGAACUUUUCUUCGAACGGGUCGUCGGCGAGAGGGGUCUCCGGUGAACCUCCGGCGAUAGACGACGGUUUUGGAAUUUCGAAACGGUAUCGUUGCGAUGGCUUGAGUGGGUUGAUUGUGGAGGAGGAGUUUUAGCGGUGGUGGCGAGAGAUGGGGAAGGUAGGGUUGGGGUUGGCGGUGGGGUGCGCAGUGGCGACGUGCGCAAUCGCGGCGGUGAUGGUGGGGAGGAGGGUGAGGAGGCAGCGGAGGUGGAGGAGAGCGGUGGCGGUUUUGGAGGAGUUCGAGGAAGCGUGCUCUACGUCGGUUUUGCGUCUGAGACAGGUAGUUGAUGCUAUGGCGGUUGAGAUGCACGCGGGUUUAGCCUCUGAAGGUGGUAGUAAGCUCAAGAUGCUUCUCACCUACGUCGAUAAACUUCCCAAUGGGAGUGAGAAGGGAACCUAUUACGCGCUAGAUCUUGGAGGUACUAAUUUCAGGGUCUUGCGUCUUCAGCUUGUGGGUGAUAGGUCUGCCAUUCCUGAUCCUGAUGUUGAAAGGAAACCGAUUCCUCUAAAUCUAAAGGCCAGCACAGGCGAGGUGGCCGAGUUUGAACUCUUUGAUUUGAUUGCUUCAUCACUAAAAGAGUUUAUAGAAAAGAAAGAAGGAGUUCAUGAACUAUCAGCAGUCAAAAGAAGGGAACUUGGAUUUACAUUCUCGUUCCCUGUGAAGCAAUUGUCUGUCUCGUCAGGCAUUCUAAUCAAAUGGACGAAAGGUUUUACCAUUGAAGACAUGGUUGGAAGAGAUGUUUCUGAAUGCUUACAACAAACAAUGUCUAAAAAAGGCGUAAAUAUGGGGGUAGCAGCACUUGUAAAUGAUACUGUGGGAACAUUAGCACUUGGACAUUAUGAUGACGAAGACACAGUUGCUGCAGUGAUAAUUGGGACUGGUACAAAUGCCUGCUAUUUGGAGCGGGCAGAUGCUAUUAUUAAAUGUCAAGGCUUGCUUACUACUUCAGGAGGCAUGGUAGUUAACAUGGAAUGGGGAAAUUUCUGGUCAUCUCAUCUGCCAAGAACAUCUUACGAUACUGAUUUAGAUGCCGAUAGCCUGAACCCAAAUGAUCAAGGUUUUGAGAAAAUGAUAUCAGCUAUGUAUCUGGGUGACAUUGUAAGAAGAGUGCUUCUCAGGAUGUCACAGGAGUCUGAUAUUUUUGGACCUGUAGCUUCUAAACUAUCAGUGCCUUCUAUUUUAAGUACAGAACAUAUGGCUGCUAUGCAUGAGGAUGAUUCCCCCGAUUUGAAGGAAGUAGUCAGAAUUUUAAAUGAUGUCCUAGAGAUUCCCGGUGUCCCUCUAAAAGUUCGGAAGCUUGUUGUGAAGGUAUGUGAUGUGGUGACUCGCAGGGCAGCCCGAUUGGCAGCUUCCGGAAUUGUUGGCAUCUUGAAGAAGAUUGGUCGAGAUGGGAGUGGUGGCAUUACAAGUGGAAGAAUCAAAAGUGGAAGUCAUAGUAAGAUCAGAAGAACAGUUGUGGCGAUUGAGGGAGGUUUGUAUACCGGUUAUUUGAUGUUCAGAGAAUACUUGAAUGAAGCCAUGACCGAAAUCUUGGGCGAAGAUGUCUCCGCACAUGUCAUUCUUAGGAUCACGAAAGAUGGACCAGGCAUUGGAUCAGCACUCCUGGCCGCAUUGUAUUCGUCUUCCAAUGUGGAUACCGUACAGUUGCUAUAGAUACAAUACGAUUAUAUAUAAAUAUAGCUCCUGUAAAUUAUAGAAUUCGUUUCAAUAUUUUCUAUUAUUAGCUAUAUAUAUAAGAAAGGAAAGGUUGUGUAAAUGGUUCAUGUAUUAAAAGGUUGCUCUUGUUAACAAAAUUUCCUUGGCUUAUUUCAUAUCAUAAUUCAUUUUUUCAAA